AGAGGAAAUAAACAUAUAAAAAGGUUAAGCUAUGUGUUCUCUCUCUCCAUUUUUCUCUUCUUUCUCUCUUUUAAGGCAAAACUGAGAGUUUUGUAACUCUUAAUUCAUUAUUAUUAUUAUUCCACUCCCCAUUUCCCUGUUUUUGAGAAAGAAGAAGAAGAAGAGAGAAUAAGAGUAGUAAAAAAGUUACACUAGAGACAUAUAAACAGCGUUGUGGCUUAGAGAUAGUUUAAUUUAAUUGGAGAAAUUAAAGUGAGAUUAAGUCAUGGGCUGUUUUCCUUGUUCUGGAGAUGGAGAUACAUCAGUGAAGAAACCUGAGAAAAAGAUAUUUCAAACAAAUAAUCAUCAAUACAAAAGGGUUGAUAAGUCACAGCCUAAACAAGAUACACCAGUGGCUAGUCAAUUUAAAUAUGUGAAGAAUGAAGAGGCUAAAAUUGCAAACCAAUCUACGUCUAGGAAAGAUGGAGGUUAUAGUAACAUCCCUCAGAAUGAAGAGGCUAUACUUUCAAAGCGAUCUACGUCUAGGAAAGAUGGGGGUCAUAGUAACAUCCCUCCUGCAGAUGGAAAAACAGGUGGCGCUAAGGCACAGAGGUUUAAAUUCGAUCAAUUAAUAGCUGCAACAGAAGAUUUCAAGGAAGAUUACUUCUUGGGAGAAGGAGGUUUUGGCAAAGUAUAUAAAGGUCAUUUGGAGGAUACUGGUGAGAUCGUUGCAAUCAAACAACUCGAUCCCAAUGGAUGUCAAGGAGUUAGGGAAUUUAUUGUUGAAGUACAGACACUAAGUAAGGCUGAUCACCCUAAUCUUGUUAAACUAAUUGGUUGUUGUGCUGAGGGAGAACAGAGGCUGUUGGUCUACGAGUACAUGGCUCUUGGUUCAUUGGAAGACCAUUUGUUUGAUGCCUGGCCAAAUCAAAAACCUCUUGAUUGGAACAUUAGAAUGAAGAUAGCUGCAGGUGCUGCAAGAGGCCUGGAAUAUUUACAUGACAAGAUGAAACCUCCUAUUAUUUAUCGCGAUCUGAAAUGCUCCAAUAUUCUGCUUAAUGAGGGCUUCCACCCAAAGUUAUCUGAUUUUGGCUUGGCUAAAGUGGGUCCUAGCGGAGACAAGACUCAUGUUUCCACCAGAGUGAUGGGCACAUAUGGAUACUGUGCACCAGAUUAUGCUAUGACUGGCCAACUAACGUUCAAAUCAGAUAUCUACAGCUUUGGAGUUGUUCUUCUGGAGAUAAUCACAGGCAGGAGAGCGAUUGACUAUACAAAAUCUGCCGCUGAGCAAAACCUGGUUGCAUGGGCAAGACCAUUAUUCAAAGACAGGAAGAAAUUCUACAAGAUGGCAGAUCCAGCACUUGAUGGUCACUAUCCAAUUAGGAGCUUAUACCAAGCUCUUGCAAUUGCUGCAAUGUGUGUCCAGGAGCAACCUAAUAUGCGCCCUCCAAUUGUUGAUAUCGUCACUGCUUUGAACUACCUUGCCUCCUUAAAGUAUGACCCUGAAAUCGAGCCUCCUAUCCGGAAGUCAUCCAAAAGUUCUUCUCAGAAAUCUAGAAAAGAUGAAGAAGAAACCUGGUGAUAGUGACGGAGACUAUACAACAGAGCUUGGGGACUAAAAUAAGAAGUUAAACGCACACAAAUAUAAGUGGUUGUCAACUUUUUUGUGUCAGAUAUGUAAAUUACAUGUGCAGCUUAAAAGUUAUAGAUUGGACAUAAUAAAGAAAAACAAAGCCUCCUUUGCA